CAUUAAAAUACUGCUGUUUUAUCCCCAAUACGUUUUGUUCUAUAGAGCGGAAUCUUGGUGUUUGAAUUACCGUAAAGACUCUCUAUCUCAUCUUUUUUUCUGCUGAUGUAUUCAUAAAAGGACUAAUCCUAUAAAAAACAACUUUAAAACUUGCUGAAACUUCUAAAUACUACUUUUAUACAGGUGCACUGUUUUUCCAUAAGGUAUAUCUAAUUACGGAAUUACGGUUUUAUCCGCUUAACUUAAAAGAAUUGUCAAGACAUUUAUAGUUGAUUACCUAAGUUUAGUUAGUCGCAGCACAAUACCACCUUAUUAAAACGAACUGAUUUGAAGCUAAAAGGGACGCGAGGAGCUUGUCUAAUCGCAAUGAAGUUCAACAUCUUGUUGGUAUUGUAUUGCUUUUACCAAGUGGAAGCCAAGUCAGUACAUAACACUCAUUUAGCAUCGAAUAAAAGUAAUAAAAUUCCGAAAUGUGGUGUAAAAUCGGAACCUACUCGUCAAAAACGAUACGUAUUGCAAAACACAAUUUGGAAAAAGUCGAUUCUAACCUGGAGAGUUGAUAGGUACACAAAAGACCUUUCCCAACAAAGAGUCAGAAAAAUAAUACGGCGAGCAUUUCGAAAAUGGGCUGUUUGGAUACCUGUUCGAUUUUUGGAGAAGAAAUACGGUCCAGUUGAUAUAAGUAUUCAAUUCGUUAUUGAAAAUCACGAACCCUGUAAUUUUCCAUUCGAUGGUAGAGAUGGUGAUAUUGCGCAUGCGUAUUAUCCCUAUCAGGGUCAAGAUAUAGCAGGAGAUAUUCACUUUGACGAUGAUGAAAUGUUCACAGAUAAAUCCUUCUACGGAAGAAGUUUGGCUUGGACUGCUUUACAUGAAAUAGGCCAUAGCUUGGGAUUGAAACAUUCGCAUGUCUGGGGUGCUGUUAUGAGUCCUUACUACCACAGUUUUUAUCAUCCUAAUGUCCGCCUGUCUCUUUCUACAGAUGAUAUCAUGGGUAUUCAAUCUCUUUAUGGAGAUCCAUUGUCACAUGGAAACCAAAAGUAUACGUCUAUUAACAGCGUUUUAAACAUUUGGAACAAAGAAAAAAAUUACAAUCACAAGUAUUUAAAUCUCUUGUGAGAAAAUGUGUUGAAAUGUUACACUGUUGACACUUGUCUAGUUGCUGAAAUGACCAAAGACAAUUAUCGUGAAAGGAUCUAUCGCUACAGCAGAACGAGUUGGUUACAGAAAUGGCGUUAUAAGGCUGCAAGUAGGAAUCAAAGGAAUAUUUCAAUUAACGUUGUUCUAAGCCAUGCUAGUCUAGUCGCAUCCAUACUUUCCUCUUUGUUUUGAUCAUUUGGUUGUAUGGACGAGUGGUCUGACUCGUUAAGCGUCUUAUCUCGAUUUGGAAAAAAGAUCUUUACAAAUAAGAUAAUUCUUUUAUAUGCAUACAUAAUCAAUUCAUGUUUCUGCAUAAUAUUAUUAUUAUCCUUGGAAUAACAAGAACUAAUAGCCUGUACUUAGUAUAUAAAUAGAAUUUAAAAACCGCUUAACAAUUGGCCCAGCAUGUUGGUCGUGUCCACACUCCUUCGUGUAAACUGUUUCAAUUUUAAUGAUUGCUACGCAAUUAAAUAUUAAAGCUGUUGUUUUUUACAAGACAUUUUGUAGUCAAUGCACUUAAUUGUUACAAACGAAUCUAGUAAGUAUAUUAGGUAGAAGCUUUUGAAAUAAAACUAAUUGUAAAAUAGUCUGAAAUAAAAUAACCAUAGCAAGAAAACUGUUUUAUCUUCUCCUUCCAAUUUUUUUCCUUCUUCGCGUAAUUUUUUGAUCUACUACAGAAAGCCGGUAAUUGUCGGCCUUAAUAAG